CACAUGCUCAACAUCGGUGCCCUUCAUCGUCUUUAGUCGUUAUUAUAUAAUAAAAAUAUAUUUUUGACAAUUGGCAAAAGGCGCGUUCUGCUGAUGGAAAAAAAACUCGCAGCGAAUUCGCGCGUCUCACUAUUAACUUGGUCCUUGAUCGUCAGCCGUAUUUGCUGAUGUAUUUAAAACCUCUCUCUCUCUCUCUCCUUUCCCUCUCUCUCUUUUCUGUGAUUCUUCCUAACGUACGGCAGUUCGAGAACGUGUAUCGUAUCACCGCAAGGAGAAUCCACCAGGCGAUGUCAGACGAACAAUUUCUCCUCCGAGCGGACCGUCUGUUUGGGUGGGGAAAAUCGAUAGGAAAAGGCGAGUUCAAAGCGCGAGGGAGAGUACACAUCACGAUGGGUCAUUAACGUUCUCUCCGCGUGCCAACAGUGACGUUACUAAGGAUAGUCGGCAGUAAUAAGACGACGACAACAAGACAAGAAUGUGGCGGAAGUGUCGCAAAGAUCUCGUCGCGUUUCGAUGAGGAAAGUAUUCGCGGACUGGCCGGUGAAGUAUUCGGUCACAUGACGUACGGUAACAGCUGUGGUGCGCGAUAUCGUGCGGGAAAAUGCUGAGGGUGUUCGACGUCGAUUCUUGACGGCUCUUGACGGGACGAGGGGAACUGGUGCCGCGAGUGCCGUGGCCGCGCUGAAAAAUGAUCGCCCAUCGGUGGCUGAUGCGCGUCCUGUGCAUGUGGCUGCUCUGUCUGUCACUGCAGCCGGACUACGCGCACUCCACGCACAUCACCGGUACAUUCAACACGAGGGACUUCUUUCGUUUCCUCAUAAAAUUCGGCUUCCAGAAGACCGAUCGUCAUCGGCAAAAGGACUCGUACGGUUAUAUAUUCGGCAAUGUGACCGCGACAUCGGACUUCGAUGUACCGAUCACUCUGGCGAUAUUGGAUCGCGGUCAUUUCCUCGAGUAUUACGGUAAUCGCACGCUCGUGGACAAGAGCACCGCAUGCACCUACAUGUUCAAUACGUUGAAAAAGAGUUCCUACGAUCCGCAUUGCAACGAGGAAGGUCAAGAUUUCCUGAGGCGAGUCCCGUGUCCUCGAGAUAAAUUGUGUCCGGACGAAGACUCUGUAUGGAAUAUUGUGAAAGGACAUCAAUUCACAUAUGUCAUACAAGAUUUCUGGCAACCACGAUUUUGGUACAUGAGCCUGGUUGCAUGCUACAGAAACAGAACAACCUGUCAGUGGGAGUAUUAUAGCAAACACGAUGAGUUAAAAUAUGAUAUCUGGCUAGUAAAUGGCAAUCCGAACAUCAGUGGCCUAAACAGUUUGACUUAUCAGUUUUCCUACGACAGACAAGAUACUAUGGAGCUAUACUUAUUGUUUUUUCUCUGUUACAUCAUAUUAGUGCCACUGCAGUUGUAUGCAGUAAGAUUGCAAAAGCAUCCUGUAACAAGAUUGUUCACUGCUAGUUUAUUAUUAGAAUUUGUGGCAGUAUGUUUAAUCUUGAUACAUGUAUUGAAAUUUGCACUAGAUGGAGUAGGUUAUGAGCAAUUAGAAGUUGCAGGUGAUAUUUUUGAUAUCCUAUCACGGACGUCGUUUAUGUUAUUAUUGCUCUUACUUGCCAAAGGAUGGGCAGUAACGAGAAUGGAAUUAACAUGGAAACCAUUGGUGUUUGCAAUAUGGUUUUGUUACGGGGUUGUUCACAUCUUGUUGUAUGUAUGGAAUAUGACAGAAGUUGACAUUAUUGAAGAUAUAGAUGAAUAUCAAACUUGGCCAGGAUGGUUCAUAUUGUUAUUCCGAAGUGCCAUAAUGGUAUGGUUUCUAUAUGAACUUAGAAACACCAUGACAUACGAGCAUAAUACUCAAAAAUUGAAUUUUCUCCUUCAUUUUGGUGCAUCAUCAUUAGUUUGGUUUAUAUAUUUACCCAUUAUAGCACUUAUUGCGCUUCAAGUGAGCGCACUGUGGAGGUUUAAACUAUUAUUAGGUAUAACAUACUCAGCAGACUGUUUUGCUUAUUGUGUAAUGGCUCACUUAUUAUGGCCCACCAGAAGUGAACAGUACUUUCUACUUGCGCAAGGUGCAGACAAUGGUGAUGAACUGGAUGAAUUUAACGAAGCGCCGCAUGUAUUAAAUAAUUAUGUAGAACCGCCAGAACUCGGUAAAAUAAUAACUUAAUACUCGUCCAUUGAAGGUAUAAUAUUAAACAAUGAUAAACACAAAGUUUCUAAUUACGAAUGAUGUGAUGUAAAUUUGCCAAAUGGUCAGUCUAAUAGAAUGGAUAAUAUUCUAAUAUGUGCUACUGAACUGUGGGAUAUUGUACACAUUCUAUAAUUAGAGAUAUAUAGCGAUCAUCAAAUUCGGCUAUGUGAUAUGAAGUUAAUAAAUGAUAUAGCUGGUGAGUAACUGAUGAGUAUGAUAUGAGUAUAUGCUACUAUCACACAAUUUUCAAUUUUAUAUAUGGAAAACCAAGUAAAGCAUGAAUUUUAUUCUUAGCAAUUUUGUAUAUAUGUGUAAUAAAGAAAAAAAAAUUAAAUAUUAAAUAUUUACUCCUUUGAAGAAUAAUAUAUUAAUAUGCAUUUAAUCUUGAUAAUAUUGAUGUGUAUUUUUACAUUAUGUUACUGAGAUUUAUAAACACAGAUAAACUGAUUUAUACUUAUAUGAUUACCUAGAACGUAAAAUUUAUUAUAUAUGAUAAUGAUAUACUGUCUGCAAAACUUAUCGUGCAAGUAUUUUGUCCAAAUGGCAAUUUUAUUACUCAUAUCAUAUUCAAAAUCUUGAACUUCAAACAUCAUUCAUUUUCCAGUCUUUCUAUAUAAUUUCGGUUAUAUAAAGAAUUCUACAAUACAAUAUAUUGAAUAUAUAAAAAAUUAUUGAAAAUUGAAUUUUAUAGAUAUAUAAGAUAUAUACAUUUUUUUAUAUCAUUGUUUAAUUCUUCAUUAUUUGUCAUUAUCUUGUAAUUAUUCCAUGUUUACUCUAUACAAACAAUAUUACAAUGUGCGUUUGAACAAGAGUGAUCGUAAAUAAAACUUAUAUAAUUUUCAUAACAUUUUGAUUUUAGUUAAGUGGUUUAAAAGUUGAAUAUAAUAUAAUUAUAAUGUAUAAAGAGUUAUAUUGAUUUAUGUAUUAUUAGAAUGCAAUCUGUUCAACAAGAUGUUCUAAAAUUAUCAUGUUCUUUUAAGUAUAGAUUUUUUGGCCAAUCCAUGUUAUCAAUAGCCUUUGAAUAAUUAAUGAUUGAAAUUGGACAGAUAAUGAAAUUAUUUUCAUCAGGAGUAUAUAGUAGAAUUUGAAAUUUAGAUAAAAAUACUUAAGGAUUAGGAAGAUAAAACAAAUGAUCACUUCUGCUGACUUCUAUUUCAAUUGAGAAAAAAUCUUUUAUGAAUUGACCAAAGAAACUAUGGUUAAAAACCGAUAUUAUUAGAACAUUCGUAUACAAGAAUUUUUAUAUAUCCACUCUUAUUCAAUAAUUUUAUAAAGAAAAAGUAUUUAAUUUUAAUUUUUUUCAAAAUUCAUUGUUUUAAUUUAAUGCAGUUAUUAAUUGCACUUUUCAAAUAUAAUAUCGUAAGUUAAAAUAAAAAAAUAUUUAUAUAUAAAUUUCUUAUUUUAUUUAAACAAUUAUUUAAGCAAUAUUGCAUUAAUCAAGGGAGAAUAUAAAUUAGUGUAUACAAUAAUUGAAAAGAUCGGAUAUAUAUAUAUAUAUAUAUAUAAAUUGACGCUAGUUACAAACACGUUUUUCCGUCAUACCAUUAUUGUGCUCAAUCUUGUAACUUAGAUGAUAGAUAUAUGUAUACUCUUUUUUAAGAAUAUUUUAAUGCUCAGUAUAUAUAUACAGGAUUAUGAGAUUGGUAAAAUCCUUAUGUGUGAUAUUUAUAUUUCUAUUAUCCACACUAAAUGAAAAGCAAUUUUAGUAUAAACUAUAUUUUUUACUUCUUUAGUUGUCUUCUUUAAUGUGUGCAUGUGUGUGAAUAUAUUAUAAAAUAUAUUAUUUGGCAAAGUUAUGGUUAAAAUUUUAAGUAUUUUUUUGGAAAGCUCAGAUAAAAUUGUAGAUACGAAUAUAUGUAUGUACAGCGCAACAAAAA